UAUGUACGGCAUGCUUUGUGGGCACUCGAAAAAAAUUUGCUUGUCAUGACAGCAUUAUAAAGCAAAAAUUUUUCAUGUUGAUUUUGUUUGAAAUUUAAUUUUGAAAAUUUAUCCAAAUGGCUAUAAAUUCCAAAUUCCAGUAUAAUGAUUCUAUUGAAAAGCAACAUAGUCAACAACCUAUCGCCACUGGUACAUCAGUUUUGGGCCUCGUAUUCGAUAAAGGUGUUGUAAUUGCAGCUGAUCAAUUGGUCAGUUAUGGUUCAUUGGCUCGAUUUCGUAAUGUUCAACGAGUAAAUUGUGUAAAUGAUCGUACCAUUCUUGGUUGCGGUGGUGAUUAUGCAGAUUAUCAAUAUAUUGCAAAAUUGAUUGAACAAAAAGUUAUUGAUGAAUCGUCUUAUGAAGAUGGACAACAAAUUGGACCGAAAGCUCUUCACAAUUGGGUUACACGAGUUCAAUAUAAUAAACGUUCAAAAUUCGAUCCAUUAUGGUGUAGUUGGGUGAUCGGCGGUAUCGAGGAUGAUGGUAAACCAUAUCUUGGCUUGGCCGAUCGGCUUGGCACAGCAUAUUGUUCUCCACAUAUUGCAACUGGUUUUGGAAACUAUCUUGCCGUUCCAUUAAUGCGUCAAGAAUAUGAAGCAAAAAGUGGCCAAUUUACUGAAGCCGAAGCUAUUGAAUUAUUGAAUAAAUGUUUGCAUACCCUCUAUUAUCGUGAUGCACGAUCAUUGAAUAAAUAUCAAUUGGCAAUUGUUACAGCAGAUCGUGGUUCCCGUAUCGAAGGUCCCUUUAAUUUCGUUGGUGAAUGGGAAUUUGCUAAAACAGUCAGAGGAUAUGAAUAAUUUUUGUCAAUCAAUACUUUAUUUUUUUUAAAAAUAAAAUGAUAAAUAAAUUUAAACAAUAA